AUGUCAGCGCCCGUGCCUCUCCUUCGGCCGGCCAUUCCCGGCUCCCGUCCCGGCCGGGCGCCACGCUUGGGACUCGCCAUCCCUCCGUCUCCCAACGUCAAGCCUCUCGGAAACCCACCCGGGCCACCCCCGGGGCGCCCAGCCCUACCCACCCUAAAGCUGGCCACUCCGAUGGGCGGCUCGGGAGCCCCCCAUAACCCACAUCAACUUCAUCUCAUAACCCAGAACCAGAGCGCCAGCGGCGGCAGCGAAAGCAGUGCCGCUCACAGCAGGAGCGGCAGUUUCGGUCCCCUCGACGGCCGCGCCAGCAACCCAACUAGCGCCGCAUCGCAGUUUAGCGUUCUUUCCUUUGCCAGUCAGUAUGGAAUCGGAUCAAACAGACCCCAGGGGACGCCGGACCCCGUCUCCGCGGUCGGCUCGCUGUACUCGAAUGCGAGUGAGAGUGCCGUGGGCAUGGAACGCGAAGGCAGCCUGCACGGCCUAGAAAACUUUGACAAGCUUAGUCUGGAGAGGGCAAGGACAUUAGACGUCGAGGAUCUUGAUGACGACGGAUGGCGGAUCGCCAGUAUGGAGAGGAGAGUCGUUGAGCUUGGGAGUCUUGGUGAAGGCGCCGGUGGCGCCGUGACAAGGUGUAAGCUGGUCGGGGGUACAACAGUUUUCGCUCUAAAGGUUAUCACAACAAAUCCAGAUCCCGACGUCAAGAAGCAGAUUGUGCGUGAGCUCGGUUUUAACAAGAACUGCGCCUCGGAACACAUUUGCCGCUACUAUGGCGCCUUCGUCGAUCCGUCGACUUCAACCAUUUCCAUCGCCAUGGAAUUCUGCGAGGGCGGGUCACUGGAUAGCAUCUACAAGGAGGUGAAGCGGCUUGGCGGGCGUACAGGCGAGAAGGUGCUCGGCAAGAUUGCUGAAGGCGUCCUCCACGGCCUGACCUACCUGCACAGCAAGAAGAUCAUCCACCGUGAUAUCAAGCCCAGCAACAUUCUCCUCUGCCGCAAUGGCGAGGUCAAGCUCUGCGACUUUGGCGUCUCAGGCGACUUCGGCACAAAGGGCGAGGCCGAUACCUUCAUUGGUACUAGCUACUACAUGGCCCCCGAACGCAUUACCGGCAAGUCGUAUACCAUCACAUCCGAUGUCUGGUCCACAGGUGUUACCCUGCUUGAGGUUGCCCAGCAUCGCUUCCCCUUCCCCGCCGACGGGACUGAGAUGCAGCCGCGUGCCGGCCUCAUCGACCUCCUGACGUACAUCGUCCGCCAACCCAUCCCCAAGCUCAAGGACGAGCCCGAAGCAAACAUCUUUUGGAGUCAGAGCUUCAAGUACUUCAUUGAGUGCUGCUUGGAAAAGGAAUCCCACCGCAGAGCUAGCCCGUGGCGCAUGCUUGAGCAUCCUUGGAUGGUCGAAAUGCGGUCCAAGCGCGUCAACAUGGCCCGCUACCUGUCCCAGGUUUGGGGUUGGGAUACGCAAGAUGCCCCCCAGCAGGCGUAG